GUCAAUUAUAUCCUACAAUAACAUUUAGUGUAGCAAUUUAUAAUUAUUUAUUAAAUAAAUUAGAAGAUAUAAUUGAUGAUAUAAUAGAAGAACCAACUAUUCAAAAUGCAGCAAAUGCAGCAAAAUUAAAAAUUCUUAAAUAUUAUCCAUAUACAGAUAGACAUAUAUAUACUAUUGCUACUA